UACACAACGGAAAUCGGUUUGUUGUCUUCCUGUUUCUAGAUGUGUGCGGCGGUAUGAAGUUGAUCGCAUGCUAUUGCACGGUCUAUGGACAGUAACGGUUUAUCUACAUUGUGUCAUGUCAUGAUUAUGCCCGCGGUAAAUCACGGAUCACUACAUCGACAUGGUAUUACAUUGUUACAAAAAUAAACGGACUUGCCUGUGGUUGGUGCUACAGUUCAAAGGCAACCAACUCACGAGGUAACGUUACUGUACAGUAGUGCAACAACUUGAAAUGACUGUCUGACAUUCGCUCACAUAUUGAGUGACAGGAUGCUGAGAACACUUUUAACAGCUGUCCGCGGUCCUGCGGUCUGCGUGGGUCGGUGUUUCAGCAGUGAAGUGAGUGGUGCAGUUUCCACGUUAGCCGGUUUCUCCUCUCCACCGUUCUCAACGGAGGCUUCACUCUAUGUUCACUGGCCUUACUGUCUGAAGAGAUGCUCCUACUGUAACUUCAACAAGUACAUUCCUCGCUCUGACAACCAGGAUGUCAUGUUGGAGUGUCUCCAGCGGGAGACGGAGACCUUACUAAAGCUCAGCCAGGUGUCCCGGAUCACCUCUGUGUUUUUUGGAGGCGGGACUCCCAGCCUGGCCCGCCCCUCCACUAUCGCUGCGGUCCUAGAGACGGUUGCCAGGCACGCUGGACUAUCAGAGAAGGUGGAGGUCACUCUGGAGGUCAACCCCACCCCCGUAGGAAGCUCUAAGUUGGAGGACUUCCUCCAUGCUGGCGUCAACCGUUUUUCCAUCGGGGUGCAGUCUCUCCGGGACGACGACCUGAAGGUUCUGGGGAGAGACCAUAACUCCCAGCAUGCUUUGCAGACCGUAGCGGAGGCUCGGAGGCUCUGCCCGGGGAGGGUGUCUGUCGACGUCAUGUUCGGACGCCCUGGUCAGAGCGUUGCAUCCUGGGAGUUGGAGUUGGAUGAGCUGCUGUCGGUGUGUGAUGACCAUGUCUCCCUGUACCAGCUGACCCUGGAGAGAGGCACACAGCUCUUCAGACAGGUCCAGAAAGGCCAACUGAGCGUGCCCAGUGAUGACAUCACAGCUGUCAUGUAUGACUCUGCCAGGACGAUUCUUCAGAAGAGAGGCUAUCUGCAGUACGAGGUGUCCAACUUUGCCAGAAAUGGUGCCAUCAGCCAACACAAUAUGAGCUACUGGAAGGCCAGUCAGUACCUUGGAGUGGGCCCAGGUGCCCACGGUCGCUUCGUCCCCCGUGGAGAGGGGGAUGUGUGUCGAGAGGCCCGUACCCAGACUCUGGAGCCUGAUGUCUGGUUGAGAGAGGUGCAGCAGAGGAGUCACGGGACCCGACGCAGGAUACCCCUCACCCACCUGGGACUGUUGGAGGAAGUGUUGGUCAUGGGACUGCGUUUGAUUGACGGCAUCACUCACCAGUAUUGGCAGUUGUUCAGUCCCAGGGCAGAUCUGUACCAGAUUCUCAGCUCAUCCUCUGAAGUACAAGACCUUCAACAGACAGGCCUCCUAAUCCUGGAUGACAGGGGUCUGCGGUGCUCGUGGCAGGGCCUGGCCUUACUGGACAGCAUGUUACCCACUCUGCUGCUGCUGCUGGAGGCCUACAUCACCCAGGGGCUCCACAAUAACAGUGGUUCACUACAGCUCUGAUGACAGAGAACUAGAGAAGGGAGGAACUGGAGUCCGUGGCACGCUAACCUUCAUAAACAACCUAUUUAACUGCUGCUUUUGGUAACUGCUUGUCGUGUGUGUGUGUGUGUGUGUGUGUGUGUGUGAGAGAGAGAGAGAGUGUGUGUGUGUGUGUGUGAGAGAGAGUGUGUGUGAGUGAGUGAGUGUGUGUGUGUGUGUGUGUGUGUGUGUGAGAGAGAGAGAGAGAUUACCUCUACUACAUUGAAGGGGUACAGAAUGAUUUGUUCAUAGAGGACAUGGUGGUGUGGAGAACCUUUCCCGAGUCCCGACAGCAUCCUGUUAAACUGUAAAGUACAGAGCUUUAUCAGCAUCUCAGGCCCAUCUAACCUGUCACUGAUCAGAACACGGUGACUGCAGGUUAGUGUCAUCUUACUGCAGCUAAUCUACUUCAUCAGUGUAGAUGGUCGACUAGACCAGUAGCUACAGCUCAUAGUGACUGCCGGGCCAGUCUCCGGCUCAGUCUCCGGGCUCAGUCUCCGGCUCAGUCUCCGGGCUCAGUCUCCGGCUCAGUCUCCGGGCUCAGUCUCCGGCUCAGUCUCCGGCUCAGUCUCCGGGCUCAGUCUCCGGCUCAGUCUCCGGCUCAGUCUCUGGCUCAGUCUCCCCUGUCUGUCAGCCAGGCUUGGAGACCCUCUGUCCUCCAUGUCUCUGGUCUCCUAUGGAGCCCCUGGCCUGCUUCCCCAUCAUCAUAGCGGGAGAAGAUGUAGCGGGGGGGGGGGGGUGACGUGGCCGUGGUCCCUGUAUCUGGCCCAGGUGCAGAGCAGAUCCCAGAUUAGACAGACGGGCUUAAACCUUCUGUUGUCCAUCAGCUGUGAUGAAAGUCUUGGUCUGACAGGUACACAACAUGUAAUCCAUCAAGAAGAGUCUGGAGCGUGUUGUUUUAAGCCUGACGACAACACUGUAGUCUGGAGCGUGUUGUUUUAAGCAUGAAGACAGCAUCACAACACUGUAGACUGGAGCGUGUUGUUUAAGCAUGAAGACAGCAUCACAACACUGUAGUCUGGAGCGUGUUGUUUUAAGCCUGAAGACAACACUGUAGACUGGAGCGUGUUGUUUUAAGCCUGACGACAACACUGUAGACUGGAGCGUGUUGUUUAAGCAUGAAGACAGCAUCACAACACUGUAGACUGGAGCGUGUUGUUUUAAGCCUGACGACAACACUGUAGACUGGAGCGUGUUGUUUUAAGCCUGACGACAACACUGUAGACUGGAGCGUGUUGUUUUAAGCCUGACGACAACACUGUAGACUGGAGCGUGUUGUUUUAAGCCUGACGACAACACUGUAGACUGGAGCGUGUUGUUUUAAGCCUGACGACAACACUGUAGACUGGAGCGUGUUGUUUAAGCAUGAAGACAGCAUCACAACACUGUAGACUGGAGCGUGUUGUUUUAAGCCUGAAGACAGCAUCACAACACUGUAGACUGGAGCGUGUUGUUUUAAGCCUGACGACAACACUGUAGACUGGAGCGUGUUGUUUUAAGCCUGACGACAACACUGUAGACUGGAGCGUGUUGUUUUAAGCCUGACGACAACACUGUAGACUGGAGCGUGUUGUUUUAAGCCUGACGACAACACUGUAGACUGGAGCGUGUUGUUUAAGCAUGAAGACAGCAUCACAACACUGUAGACUGGAGCGUGUUGUUUUAAGCCUGAAGACAGCAUCACAACACUGUAGACUGGAGCGUGUUGUUUUAAGCCUGAAGACAGCAUCACAACACUGUAGUCUGGAGCGUGUUGUUUUAAGCCUGAAGACAGCAUCACAACACUGUAGACUGGAGCGUGUUGUUUUAAGCCUGAAGACAGCAUCACAACACUGUAGUCUGGAGCGUGUUGUUUUAAGCCUGAAGACAGCAUCACAACACUGUAGACUGGAGCGUGUUGUUUUAAGCCUGAAGACAGCAUCACAACACUGUAGACUGGAGCGUGUUGUGGAGGCUUGUUGAGAUGGGUCUGUUGACAUGCUGGGUGUAUUGUAUGUAUAGUGUACAUGGGUUAAUAAGAAGAGCACAUUUUAGAAUAGGAUAAUUAUAACCGAUUGCCAAGUAAGAUAGACUGUGAAAUGCAUAGUUGGUUCAAUUUCUUACUCAAUAAAAAUGCUUUCUACUAUUCA